AUGAAAUGGGACGAUAUUUGUCCCAUAUCUCAGAAGGACUCACCAAAUCACACAAGCAAAGGAAAGCUAGCACCAGAACCAUCAGGAGCCUUACCCCUUUUAGGUCAUCUUCAUCUUCUCGGAGCUCAGGCCCCUCUCGCCCACACCUUAGCUUCUUUCGCCGACAAGUACGGUCCCAUCUUCACCAUCCGCCUCGGAGCCUUCCCUGCCCUCGUUGUUAGCAGCCAAGACGCCAUGAAAGAAUGCUUCACCACCAACGACAAAUCCCUAGCCUGUCGGCCAAGAUCCAGCCACGGCCUCUACCUCGGUUUCAACUUCGCCGGCUUCGGGUUUGCACCGGACGGCCCGUACUGGCGCAAAUUGAGGAAGCUCGUCAUGCUCGAGCUACUGUCAGCUCGGAGAGUCGAAUCGCUGAAGCAUGUGUACGAAUCUGAGAUCGAUGUUUUCAUCGGCGAUCUGUACUCGUACGGCGACGGCGAUAAUAAUAACAAACGCAAGGUUGUGAUUAGCGAGUGGUUGGAGCGAUUGACGCUGAACAUAAUCACGAGGAUGAUUGCAGGGAAGAGUUAUUUUGGGAAUUCACAGGAUGUGGAUGAUGAAGAGGCUCGCAGGGUGAAGGGAAAAGUUCUCAGAUCUAUGAAGAAGAUGGCGAGUGAUUUGGAUUCUCUGGCAUCAAGUUGGGUUGAAGAGCAUCGUGUGAAGAAGAAAGAGUCGAAUAGUGAGAAACAGGAUUUCAUUGACUUCAUGCUUUCUGUGAUCGAAGAAGGCGACUCUACAUUGGGCCAUACACGUGACACUAUCAUCAAGGCAAAUAUCUUG